AAAUAGAGAUGAUAGGAUUAGGUCUCCUGGUUAGCCUCUAGUCAGGAGUUUGAACCUACUCUCACCAUUUUUUGAACUUCUUUCCAUCGACUGACCUUGUGGUAUUUAUGGAUUGCAAACUUUAGAAGGGAUAUAAGUGGAGGGAGUGUUGUCAUUUUUAACCAACUGGGGAAAUGUCACAGCAGGUAACUGAGCGCUGAAUCUGUUCAUCGUGGCAGUCUAGUUCAAGCGAUUGUCUUGUCAGUCCUGCAGUGGAAUUCGGUUUGCAACCAGCUGGUUGGCCAUUCCCUUCCAAGCGGUCGGUGUCUGCAGCUUGUUGUUUCAGACUCUGGAUGAAUUUUUGACUAACAUCAAACCUCAGAAAAAGAACAGCAAUGGGAGUACCUAAUUCCAGAGAAUAUCACUACUACCAUGCACCAAAUACAUCUUUUAAGGUGGUGCUGCAAAGACGCAAUGAGCCUCUCAAGAAGGAGCGACCGAAAUGGAAAAGCGACUACCCGAUGACAGAGGGCCAGCUGAGGAGUAAGAGGGAUGAGUUUUGGGAUACGGCUCCUGCCUUUGAUGGACGGAAAGAAAUCUGGGAUGCUCUCAGAGCAGCGGCCUUAGCUGCAGAGUGCAAUGACCUGGAGCUAGCACAGGCCAUUGUGGAUGGAGCCUGCAUUACUUUGCCACAUGGUUCACUCACAGAGAGUUAUGAUGAACUGGGCAACCGCUACCAACUCCCAGCCUACACUUUAGCCCCGCCUGUCAACCUCAUCACUGAAACAACUCCUGAAAGCAAAGCCUCUGAAAACACACAAAAACAAGCUCAGCCUCCUGUGUCCAGACAAGAGUUUCAGCUUCGGGUACGACUGUCAUCAGGAAAAGAUGUGCGUUUGACAGCCAGCAUGGUGGACACCAUCGCUGAGCUGAAGAAGCAACUGGAAGAACAAGAGGACAUUGACGUGACCUGCCAGAGGUGGUUCUUCUCUGGGAAACUCCUUACUGACAAGACUCGUCUGCAAGAUGCCAAGAUCCAAAAGGACUUUGUUGUCCAAGUUAUUGUUAAUUUAAACCCUCCGGUCAUUGUUAAGUGACAAGAGCGGCAAAGGAGUACGAAGUGAAGAAAAGACAAGGGAUGCACAGGGAUAAUUGUAGGGCUUGAAGUCAUUUUUCAGUCGGCAUGGCAGUGGAAUUUUGUGUACAUUUUUAUAUAAAGAACUAUUGCUUUUAUAUCGCUCCUUUUUGUAUUUUUCCUUUUUUCCAAAAUAAUUUAAAAUAUUGAAAAGCACUGAAACACUUUAGAUUAAACUAGAAUCCUAGGAUGCACAUCCCAGUGUUUGCCUGUCUGUCUGUUUGUGUGGACAACUCACAGCUCUAUUGUUUACACAGGUUCCUCUCCUUGUACAUGUUUUGUGCUUAUUGAUAAACUGAUAAACUGUUCCACUUGGGGUGAAACUCCAUCAUGGUUUUUCUUUUCUUUUCUUAAGAUUUCUGUCAUAUGAAUUAUGACAACAUUGGCAGAAAAUUUUAGGGAAAAAGAAAAAUGUAAAUAUUGAUUUCCAAUUAUGUGUUGUUUUGUCAUGUACUAAUGUGCACACUACAUUUUCACAUCACUGUUGUGUAUGCAAGAUUCAAAGACAGAAUGUAAGAACGAUACCUUUCUGAAAGGUAAUAUAUGUUUUUUUUUUUAUUUCAUCACUCCAAGAUACUGUAGUUUUAUGUACAAUAUGAAAUCUGUACUUGAAUAACAUCAAUAAAUGAUGCAUUUAAGAUCAA